AUGCCCCGCGCAGUGAAAGGAGUCCUGAUAGAAUGCGACCCAUCCGUCAAAGCCAUAAUCCUAAAAUAUGACGAGGAGCGGCACGACUACAUCGUCGAAGACCUGGAUGACGAGCGGCACCUGGUCAUCAAGGAGAGCCAGUUGCCGUACCUGAAGGCACGGCUGAGUCGAGUAUGUGGCGUACACCCCCGCAAACGCGUGUAG